AUGUCGAAUUACGUGAUCCAAUUUGAUGACCUUGACAGUUUUGAAUCUAAUGGGGAGACAGUGACCACAACCCUUAAUGAGCAUGGUGCGAACUUCACUAAUGCCCCGGAGACAUUUCCUCCGGUAUUUAUUGUCUUUGGAGUAGACGAUGAUGCUGUCGAAGAGCUGAAGAAUAUGGAUGGAAUUUCUGUUUCCGAACAAGAUUAG